GUGACUGUGAGCAAACACGUAGAAGAGCUUCGAGCUCUUCCGAAUGGAAUACUGCAAUAAAUCCUGGAUGUGAUUUUUGUUGCGGUAUUUUUUAAUCCAUUUUUAUCCGCUUCGUAACAACAAAGGAGCGUACGCGGACUAGCCCACACAGGAACUACCACCACCGUGAUGAGGAUGAUACCCAAGUAGAUGUUCUUCUUUGAAAAGAAAUGGAGAGAUAUGUGUGGGCUACUACUUUCAUUGCUUGUGUUUGCCGUAAAAAAACGAAUAACUGCAUGUAGGUUUUUCGUCAAAGUUUGACUACUAAAAAAUGGUCACCUCUGAAAGUUGUCGUAAAACACUGGACUGAAUGCUGCCUUUCCUGCCAUUCUUCUCUCCACUUCCGGUUGGUGGUGGCCACUGCACUUAAUGGCUAAAAAUACUUUGAAAAAAAGUUUCCAGCUAGCAAGCAAAGCCUAGAAAAACUUUUGUCAUUUUUAAGUAUACUUGUCUUCAACAGGUGCCCUUUGACAGAGCUAAUGAUGUCAUUAUGAGGUUGUUCAAUAUCCUGCAAAAUACAGACUGCUUAGAUUACAUUGUGCUCUAACCAUGUGUUGGGAAACCACGCACUGCAUGACUGCAAACCACUGCGUUCAGAAUCUGUGCUAAUCCACGGCGCCCCUAAUCUGCCCCCCACCCCUCUACCCCGGACUAUGCUGCAUCAAUUGGAUCCCUUAAACCAGCUGCUGAUUAUCCGUCGCCCUUUUACCGGCGAACAUUUCAUUCAUCCCUGAUGAGCCAACAAGACAGACAGGAAAGGGAGCUAGGUGCAAUAAAGUACUCCUUUGUACUUUAUUUUCAAACCUGUGGGCCUCAGAGUCAAAUCCAGUCCAAGCAACCGCCAUGGAGCCGCUGAAGAACAUAUUCAGCAGAAGCCCGUUGUCCAGCUGGAAGAACUUGGAUCAGUCGCAGAAAGGCAGCUUUGCCAACCCUGUGUGGACGGCCUUGUUCGACUAUGAGGCGUCCUGCAAGGAUGAGCUCACCCUGCGCAAGGGUGACCUGGUGGAGGUCUUGUCGCUGGACUCUGAGAUAUCCGGGGACGAAGGCUGGUGGGCGGGUAAGGUGAACAACAAAGUGGGCAUCUUCCCCUCCAACUAUGGGUCCUUCAAACCCAGCGGCUACGGGAAGCUGCCGGGCAGAGGAGUGGUUGGCGAGCUGGGCGAGUUGGAACCCGAGGUGGUGAACUUCCGUGAGCUCAGCCUGGAGGAGGUCAUAGGGGUGGGCGGGUUCGGUAAGGUGUACCGUGGCACCUGGCGAGGCGGGCUGGUGGCUGUCAAAGCUGCCCGACAAGACCCGGACGAGGACAUCAGCGUGACGGCGCAGAACGUCCGGCAGGAGGCGCGUCUCUUCGCCAUGCUCACCCACCCCAACAUCAUCACCCUGAAAGGUGUCUGCCUGCAGGAACCCAACCUGUGUCUCAUCAUGGAAUAUGCAUCUGGCGGGCCGCUGAGCCGGGCGCUGGCCGGCCGACGCAUCCCGCCACACAUCCUUGUCAACUGGGCCGUGCAGAUCGCGCGAGGGAUGCUCUACCUGCACAACGAGGCCAUCGUCCCAGUCAUACAUCGAGACCUCAAGUCCAACAACAUCCUUCUGGCACAGCCCAUCGAGAACGAAUGCAUGGAGGGCUUGACGCUGAAGAUCACCGACUUCGGCCUGGCCAGGGAGUGGCACAAAACCACCAAGAUGAGCACAGCUGGCACUUACGCCUGGAUGGCCCCCGAGGUCAUCAAGUCCUCCACAUUCUCCAAGGGCAGCGAUGUCUGGAGUUAUGGUGUUCUACUGUGGGAGCUGCUGACUGGUGAGGCGCCCUACAGAGGCAUCGACGGGCUUGCCGUGGCCUACGGUGUCGCCGUCAACAAGCUCACCUUGCCCAUCCCCUCCACGUGCCCUGAACCCUUUACCCAGCUCAUGUCAGAGUGCUGGGACCAGGACCCCCAUCGCAGACCCAACUUUGGCUCCAUCCUGGCCCAGCUGACGGCGCUGGAGCAGCAGGUGACGGAGGAGAUGCCGCAGGACUCCUUCCACUCCCUGCAGGAGGACUGGAAGCUGGAGAUUAAAGACAUGUUUGAUGAGCUGCGCGCCAAAGAAAAGGAGCUGCGCUGCCGUGAGGAGGAGCUAAAGCGGGCGGCAUUGGAGCAGAAGUCCCACGAGGAGUUCCUGCGCCAGCGUGAGCAGCAGCUGGCCCAGUGGGAGCAGGAUGUGUUUGAGCGCGAACUCAGCCUCCUCAUCCUGCACCUCAACCAGAACCAGAAUCAGGAGAAGCCCAAUGUCAAGAAGCGCAAGGGCACCUUCAAGAAGCACAAGCUCAAGUCCAAGAACGGCGAGAAGAUCAGCAUGCCUCAAGAUUUCAUUCACAAGAUCACAGUGCAGGCAUCACCAGGCUUGGAAAAGAGGCGGAACUCACCCGAUUUGGGCUCAAGCUCCUCUCCCUCCUUUGGCCCGCGUUUCCGUGCAAUACAACUUAGUCCCAGUGACAGCAGCAGGACGUUUAGUCUGAGCCCCGUGUGGCCACUCGAGGCCCCAUCCCAUAAGCAGGCCAACGGGGACCUGAGGUUGAGCCCCCACUGGAGGCCCCAAAGCCCCAAAAGCCCCAAGAGCCCCAAGGUUUUGCGCCUGAGUCCUCAGGAGAGCAGUCUGUCCAUGAGAGCCAAGCUGCUGGUGUCCGACAGCAACGAGAACGGAGAAUUCAAGGACGACUUUGAGGAGUACAGACCCUCCACGCCGACCUCUCCCCCGGCCCACAACGGCUCCUCAGUGAAGGACAGUCUGAGGCUCCCUCUUCCACAAGGAGACUCAGGCAGUGACGAAGGGGGGUCCUCUCCAGCUGGCUCUCCCGAUCGGGGUCCUCUCAGCCUGAUUAAGAGCACACACCGGGCACUGCUCGGCAGCGGCUCUCUCUUAGCUUCCAUUGGCUUGGGUCGCUGCUUGGACGUCUCCCCAAAAGUGCCCCCUCGAACUAAUCCUUCCUCCCUCGAGGAAUGUGCACCCUUUGACAUGGACAGCUCGCCCGCCAAGCCCCUCAUUCUUGAACCCCCCGUCGUGGACGACCUCAUCACCUUAUCCCCCUCUGAGCCGCUUCCCAAACCGCUUCUGGAUUUAGCCCUGCGGUGUCAAGAAUUGAAGCCGCUGCCGCCGCCUAACCUCCGCGAGAGGGGCGAGCCCAGGACGCAGCAGGUGCCCCCCAGCCCUCAGGAUGGCGCUGGGGACGCGAGCCUCGUGGAGCAGAACUGCGCUGGGGACGCGACCCCCGUGGAGCAGAACUCCAGCCUCCAAUCCAUCAAUGGAGAUGUCAAAUGCAAUGUUUUGGAGCACAGAGGUGACCGGAGGAGGAGGUCCAGUCAAGGCCUGCAUGGCUCUCAACUUGUUCUGGAUCUGCCUCUGUGCCAAGAAACACAGGACGAAAAAAACCCUACGCCCUACUCUCUCCACCCUAACCCUGCCCUCUGGAGCCCCAAAACCCGCCGUCUGGAGGUAAGCGUUAUCCCGCGCCCUCGUCCCUCGCCCAUGCGGCAGCGCAUUGACCCAUGGAGCUUCAUCUCGGCUGGCGGCGGGGGUUCCACUGUCAACCAAUUGGACAGCGCCCUUCUAGGGUACCAGCCCUCCCCGACUAACCCAUUCACCAACUGCCAUCCCUUUCCCUCGCCGGACUGCGACCCCUUCGCCCUUCGCGCCGACCCCUCUGGUGCUUUGGACAGGGCGUCGCUCUUCGACCCCUUCUCAACGCCUUUUCCCACCUCCCGCUCGGCGCCGUGCUCCACCAACGGCUCGCCCACACUACCAUCGUUCCGCAUCGCGCCACUAAACCCGGCCGACUCGCCGCUCAUCGACCUGGGCUGGGCGGUGUGCAGCAAGCCUCUGGACGGAACCAAAGAGAGAGCCCAUCCUCGAAGGACCCUGGGGCUCAAACCCUUCAAGUCCCCGACGCAGCUUAGAGACGAUAGGUUCUAGAGUCCACAAGGAUCCUCGUAUCUUAGGUCCCCAACAUUUUCCUUCAGCCAUCCCAUCCGCCUGCUGCUUUGGAAUGUUGAAACGUUCCAUAGGUCGGCGGCAUAACUGGCCUGUAAAGAAAUAGCGAAUUUUUUACGUUUAGUUUGGAAACCCAUCAGUCUUCCCGUCUGCUCCCGUCUCUGCCGGCAACAACGCAGAGGCUCAUCAGGCCACACCCCCCUACCUCUGUGCUGGCUCAAAGCAAUCAGGACAUUUUGGAGUGCCUUGUUUUGUCAAGUGUUCGUUUUCAUCCACGUGGAAAACGCUCGGAAUUGUUCUCCAAAGCAGGAAACAUGUCGAGCUUCAGCCUGCUGCCUUGUGGGAAUGAACACGCCCGCCACAAAGAACAGAAAGAGAUAACAUUCCCACACAACGCCCAUUGGACAUUGAGUGCGACAUCAGUGCCUGAUGAGAUAUGACCUGAUUAAGCUUACAAGCCCCAACCAAAAUGAUCCAAAGCAAGAAGUGAGGUUAGACGUGCUCGACCAUCUCAUGCCGGCUUUUUGUCACGUUGUUGGAAAUUGUCGCAUUGCCCUUGCGUUGUUGUUUUGUUGUUUUUUUUACUCUUGUUGUUGGAGGUUUUCAUGUGCAUUCGGCUUAAAAAGAAAAAAAAUCUAUUUUGGAAGUCUCGCACUGGGCUGGGCCUAAUCAACUUUUUAUUGUGUGUCAAGAGGAUUCUUUCUCUAUACAGUAUGUGAACAUGUUUUUAUUUUCUUGUCAAUUACAAAAGGUUUUAACCUGUGGAAAGAAAAAAAAGACCAAAUAAAAUGUAACACUUUU